AUGACAUCCACGAACACAACUACGACCCACGACAUCCACGAUCGUGACCACGACCAACGACAUCCACGACCACAACAAACGACAUCCACGAUCACAACAACAACCACGACCACAACAACAACCACGUCCACAACCAACGACAUCAACAACAGCCAACGACAUCCACAACUACGACCAACGACAUCCACGACCACAACUACGACCGACGACAAUCACGACCAGGACCACAACGACAUCCACGACCCUGACCACGACCACGACCAACGACAUCCACGACCACAACCAACGACAUCCACGAUCACAACUACGACCCACGACAUCCACGAUCAUGACCACAACCAACGACAUCCACGACCACAACCAACGACAUCCACAACCACAACGAGAACCACGACCACAACCAACGACACCCACGACCAACGACAUCCACAACCACAACGAGAACCACGAUCGCAACCAACGACAUCCACGACCACAACGAGAACCACGACCGCAACCAACGACAUCCACGACCACAACGAGAACCGCAACCAACUACAUCCACAAUCACAACGAGGACCACAACCGACGACAUCCACAACCAACGACAUCCACGACCACAACGAGAACCACGACCACAACCAACGACAUCCACGACCAACGACAUCCACGACCACAACGACAUCCACGACCACAACGAGAACCGCAACCAACUACAUCCACGAUCACAACGAGGACCACGACCACAACCGACGACAUCCACGACCAACGACAUCCACGACCACAACGAGAACCACGACCGCAACCAACGACAUCCACGACCACAACCAAAGACAACCACAUCCGCAACCCCGACGCCCUAGGGAUGGCAUAGCUCUUCUUUAUUUCCUGCAGUUUAACAUCACCACAAACCUCAGUUCACUUUUCUCAUCGGCUCGUGUGUCAUUUUUCCUCACUGUUGAGAAAAAGAAGGAAUCUACACACUGCAGAAGCUCAGUUCAAUUUCGAAGUCAAUUUGGUAACCAUUUUUAUGACGGAGUUAAAAACGCCAACGUAAACGUAGACACUAACGUAGACGACAACGUAGACAAUAACGCAGACGCCAAAGCAGACACUAACACUGACGCAGAUGCCAAAGCAGGCAUUGUUGCAAACGCCAACGUAGACGCAGAUGUCAUUGUAAGCGCAGACACUAAUGUAGCCGCCAACGCAGACACUAAUGUAGCCGCCAACGCAGACACUAAUGUAGCCGCCAACGCAGACACUAAUGUAGCCGCCAACGCAGACACAAACACCAAAGCAAACGUCGAGGUUACAACUUAA